AUGGCAGAAAUAGCUAUUGCGAUUGCAGCAAAAGUUGUUGAAUAUUUAGUUGCUCCAAUUGGACGUCCAUUUGGGUAUCUGUUCAACUACUGUAGCAACAUUGAUAAUCUCGUCCACCAAGUUGAGAAGCUGGGGGAUGCCAGGGCUGGGCUGCAGCUUCCGUGGAUGAAGGCGCAAAUGGGUUCAUGGAAGAGGCUGGGAAUUCCUUUUGGAGAUGACCAUAAGGGGUGUAAAAUUGUGUUGACUUCUAGAAAUAAACAUGUAUUGUCCAAUGAGAUGGGUACCCAGAAGGAUAUGCCUGUUUUACAUUUACCAGAAAAAGAAGCAUUAGUUUUAUUUAAGAAGAUAGUGGGUGAUUCCAUUGACAAUGCGGAUUUUCAGGCUAUAGUAAUCAAUGUGGCAAAGGAAUGUGCAGGUUUGCCAAUUGCACUUGUAACAGUUUGCAAAGGCUCUUAA